GCAAUGCAGAUGCUAAAACAGCUUGAAAGUUUUAACUUGUCAUGGAACAAGUGUGUGGGGGAAAAUCUGAAGCAAUUUCUGGAGCCUUUGUCACCUGAUUGCAAACUACAGGAACUCAGACUGAGCAGCUGUAAUUUAACCACUGAAGAUGUGCUACAGCUAGAAUCCGCUUGCCAGCGUGGAGUUCUGUCCCAUCUAAAACAGCUGGAUUUGUCUUAUAAUGGCAGUGUUGGGGAUGGUGGUUGGAUGGCUCUUUUUGGAAAGGCUGCUGCUCUAAAGGGACUGGAGGAGCUGGAUGUCAGCCUGCGACCUUCUGCGUCUCUCUCUGUUUCUCCCUGGCUGCCCGCCUUGUUGGAGGCCCUUCCGCAUCUCUCGUCCCUCACCCAUCUGUCUCUGCAGCACUGGGCUCUGAGUUCAGCUGAGAGAGAGAAGCUGGAAAAAAUACUUUGCAAGAAGAAUGUCAUUCUGGAGUGUGACAAGCUGGCCACGGCCAGGCCGAAGGCAGCAGGUUAAUGAGAAGCAUUUCAUCCACUUCGAAAGUUA